CCAUCGUGCGAACAUCCUCUGUCUCUUUACUGUUGCGUUAGCUGGACUGUUCGAGAGUUUUACUACGUGAAUAGAAACGAGAAGAUAACUCGCAGUCGUUUAAUUAUCCUGUUUAACGACGAAAAAGCGACGGUCACAUUUUCUAGUGUUUUUCCAUGUUGUGAAUGGUCGAUAUAUGAAUGCAAAGUUCUCUGCCAAUAAGCAGUGUAUUACGUAUUGGUGUAUUCGUAUCACAAGCCACAUCAACUACAUAUGUAAUUCUCCUACGACUCGUGUUCGGUCUAUCGUUUAAGGUCAUUGGGCUGUCAAACAAACGUGUAUGCAUUUGGUUGCUUCAACGUUUAAAAAACUGUAAUAGAUUGGAGUGGCUUUGUGGAUUUCGUGUGCAGCUAAUGGAUAACGAGCAAUAUUUGUUCGAGUAUUAAACGGUUAGCACGGUCGUGUCAUAACAUGGAAUAGUCUAACCGUAGUUAACUUGACGUUAUAAAAUUCAGUUGUUAAACGAACAGCGUAAUAACCAAGACGAAGAACUCGGUACAGCAGACGAAGCAUAGUAAAUUGGUGAACUCGUUUCGAAGUUAGAACGUCUUUCACGCGAAGAUGUCUGUCUAGAAUAUAAACAUAUACUGUAUAUAAUAUACCGCAGUAUCAAUUUUUAGAACUUAAAUUACCCCGAAUUAGCAUCGUGAGUGCUACGUGAAGCGUCUGGCGGUUAUACAUAUAUAAAUCGAAUCAUGUCAAGUAGAGGCGUCACCUCGACGGAAAACGACUUUUUUCAUUGCUUACCGAGACUACCCAACUUUCUCAUAGAUCUCGAGGAUGAAGGAAGCGAAAGUCCGGUGUUUGGUCUGGAAGGUGGCGGAACAGGUGCAGGUGGUGGAACCUCCUUAAGACUUGUACCGCACGAAUUGCCCAAUGAAAUUUCUGCCCCCUAUGAGGUGCCACAAUUUCCAAUCGAACAAAUCGAGAAGAAGCUUCUCAUACAGAGGCAAUUAACCGUCAAAGCUGCCAAGGAUUUAGAGGAACGUCGUAGCCAUUAUGAACCAUCGCUCGGCCCCGGUGUUCCCGACGACGUCGAUCAUAUCUUCAAUCUCGAGGAAAAUGACUUCGUGCCACACUUCCAGAGGGUCUCCAUAUCCGGCGAAGAUACUUCCGGGGUACCCUUGGAAGAUCUGCAACAAGCGUCGCAGAUGUUGGUUCAGGCACUGGCGAUACGUGAGAAAUACAUGAAUAAUUCUAAACAGAGCUUCCCUUCUAUAACAUCGCGAUUUCUACGUAGCGUCGAUAAGAGGCCAGUGAACAGCGACGACGAAGUUCAGCACGAUGAUCGUAAAGCCAUCGCAGAUCAUCCUGUGCACGCACCUGCAUCUCGAGGAGAUCCGUGGGAAUGUGAAUUUCCUAUGGCAAAGAAUUACAUAAUUGCUCCCGUUAACGGUGUCUUCAAUUUGUACGCUAAUGAGGAAGAUUUAGCUAAUGGGAAGCCAGUCCCUUACUCGUAUCCUGACUUAGCCACUUUUGUCAGGGACAUGAACCUUCUUUGCGCGAUGAUCGCCGAUGGUCCAUUAAAAUCUUUUUGCUACAGAAGACUGAGUUAUCUUUCGUCAAAGUUCCAACUGCAUGUGUUACUGAACGAGCUUAGAGAACUUGCCAGUCAAAAAGCAGUCCCUCAUAGGGACUUCUAUAACAUCAGAAAGGUUGAUACCCAUAUUCAUGCAGCAUCUUGCAUGAAUCAAAAGCAUCUGCUCAGAUUUAUUAAGAAAACCUUGAAGAAUCACGCAGAUGAAAUCGUCACGUACUCCAAGAACAAAGAAACAAUGACUUUACGGGAGGUAUUUCAAUCGAUGAAUCUGACGACUUACGAUCUCAGUGUUGAUAUGUUGGAUGUGCAUGCGGAUAGAAACACGUUCCAUAGGUUCGACAAAUUCAACGCCAAAUACAAUCCAAUCGGCGAAAGUCGCCUGCGUGAAGUGUUUCUAAAAACGGACAACUAUUUGAAUGGUAAAUUUUUCGCAAGAAUAAUCAAGGAAGUCGCCAGCGAUCUCGAAGAAUCCAAGUACCAAAAUGCGGAACUGCGUCUUUCGAUUUACGGCAAAAGCCCAGAAGAGUGGGACAAAUUAGCAAAAUGGGCAAUUCAAAGUGACGUGUAUUCGGACAAUGUGCGCUGGCUCAUUCAGAUUCCUCGGCUUUAUGACAUUUUUAAAUUGAACAAAUUGCUGACAAAUUUCCAAGAGAUAAUGAACAACAUCUUUCUUCCCCUUUUUGAAGUAACCAAUGACGCUAAUUCUCAUCCAGAGCUACAUAAAUUUCUCCAAUACGUAAUAGGAUUUGAUUCAGUUGAUGACGAGAGCAAACCUGAAAAUCCUUUAUUCGAUAAAGAUGUCUGUCCACCCGCAGAAUGGGAUGAUGUUGAAAAUCCUCCUUAUGGAUAUUAUCAAUACUACACUUAUGCCAACAUGACCGUCUUGAAUCAUUUUAGAGCGGAACAAGGUUUAAACACUUUCGUCCUCAGACCUCAUUGUGGCGAAGCUGGUCCCAUUCAGCAUCUUGUUUGCGGUUAUAUGAUGGCAGAAAAUAUCUCUCAUGGUCUUUUACUUCGAAAAGUGCCAGUACUACAGUAUCUAUAUUAUUUAGCACAAAUUGGGAUUGCAAUGUCGCCUCUUAGUAAUAAUUCUCUUUUCUUAAAUUAUCAUCGUAAUCCAUUACCCGAAUAUUUAGCAAGAGGAUUGUGUGUAAGUCUUUCCACGGAUGAUCCUCUUCAAUUUCACUUUACCAAGGAACCGUUGAUGGAAGAGUACAGUAUUGCUGCACAAGUAUGGAAGCUUAGUUCGUGCGAUAUGUGUGAACUAGCGCGUAAUUCCGUGCUUAUGAGUGGUUUUCCACACAAGAGUAAACAAUACUGGCUUGGGCCAAAUUAUACAAAAGAGGGUGUGGCCGGUAAUGAUAUUACGCGAACGAAUGUACCGGAUAUUCGGGUGGCCUAUCGAUACGAAACAUUAGUCGACGAAUUGUCGAAUAUUUUUAAAGUUGUCGAAAAACCCGAAGCCGUUCCAUUUUAAUCCAUAGAGAUAGUACAAAAGAUCCUUGAACAUAAUAUAACAAUUAUUCUACAAUUACAAAAUAGUAUUUAUAAAAUUCGACGAAACUACGAUGAGAAUUAUUUAUAAAACGAAUCUUGUAACGUAAAUAAUUAUGUGAUGUAUGCUAAUAAUUGUUGUCAACUUUUAAUGAUACUUUUGCAAGAAGUUUCUUUUGUUGGAUAUUAGUUAGAUAUCACUCGAUAAUGUACAUUACAAUAAUGUUAAUUGCAUGAUUUAUACGUGAUAAUUUUCCCUUUAAGAUGUUUUGAUAGAGAAAACAAGGUUAUUCUUAAGGUUAAAUGUAUAAACACUAAGUUAUAAGAAAACGUCUUUCACUCAGGUUCCAAAAUUUUAAUGUAAAACAGGGAGAAAUUAAUCUCAAAUUUUUCAUAUACGUUGACCAAUUUAAAAAUAGUUAGAUAUUAGAUGAAAUUCCAAUUUCAAGUGUUACUAAUCUUUAUUACAUAUAUGUAUGUGAAUUAAAUUAGAAUUGAGUAUCGUAUUAAUUUUGUGUAAAAAAAAAAUGUAAAAUAUUACAAAGCAGCAAUUCAUUUCUCAUAUUUUAGUCAUAUAAAAGUAUGUCAGUUCAGUCUUUUCAAUUUUAAUGUUAUUUACUUACCUUUUUGUACAUUUAUACAGAAAUUGUGUAUUUGUUUUUAAAAAAUAUGUUUAACUCGAAUAUGGAUAGUUUACUCCGAAGUAAUAUUUCUCUGUAUAAUAUUUAUAUAAUUUUCAACUUUAUUAAUAUUAAAUUGAAGGCACUAAAUGUAGUACCUCUUGUAAAAUAAUUAGAUUUAUAGCAAACAUAAAAUUUAUUUUCAGAUCAUUAUUAUGUAAUCAUUUCCUCCUUCGUUUUUGAGACAACUUUGUGAUGAACGAGCUUUUACUGGCAAAUAUAUGAUGAUAUAUCAACAUUCGUAACGAAUCCUAAUAUUGAAUAUAAAUUGUUGCUAAAUAGAAAUGAUGUAUGUAUUGUAUAAGGUAUAUCUUAUAAAACAAAAAUAUACUUGUACCGUCAAAAUAA